AUGCCUUACGGACCAGCUGUCUUUCAGGCCUUCAUUAAUGAAAUAUUCAAGGACGUUAUCGAUAAGUACGUGAUUGCUUAUAUCGAUGAUAUUUUGAUAUACUCCAAAUCCCAUGAGGACCAAGUACACCAUGUGCGCACCGUGCUAACCCGCCUACGCCAACACCAACUCUAUGUCAAAUCAGAAAAAUGUGAGUUCCAUCAGGAGACAAUCAUGUUCCUGGGUUAUGUUAUAUCUCAUCGGGGUGUAGAGAUGGACAACAGCAAAGUGCAAGCUGUCACAGAAUGGCCUGAACCUACAUCAAUAAAGGAACUACAAUGUUUUCUGGGGUUUGCUAAUUUCUACAGGCGCUUUAUAAGGAAUUACAGCAUCAUCGCCAACCCAUUCACAUCACUGCUGCGGGGAAAGCCCAAGAAAUUGCAAUGGACUGAGCAGGCCAGGUCUGCAUUCAAGCACUUGAAGCAGAGUUUCACUACAGCCCCUGUCCUCUGUCAUCCGGACCCCGACCACCCAUUCGUAGUAGAGGUAGACGCCUCCAAUUGUGGAAUAGGGGCCGUUCUCUCUCAGCGCCACGAGGUACCCGGAAAAUUACACCCAUGUGCAUUCUUCUCCCGCAAACUCACUACGGCGGAAAUCAACUAUGAUGUGGGCAACAGGGAGCUCCUAUCUAUAAAGGCAGCAUUGGAGGAAUGGUAA